CGCGUCUGCCGUCGGCUGCUGCAGGCCUGGGAACCAACCGGGACCUGGGCUUGGGAGCCACCUCCAGAGCCAGAAAUUAAUGAAGAGGACCCCCUUCCAGCAUGCACACCCAGUCCACAAGACCUCAAAGAGUUGGAGUUUCUGACCCAGGCACUGGAGAAGGCUGUUCGGGUUCGAAGAGGCAUCACGAAGGCUGGAGAAAGAAACAAGGCCCCCAGCCUGAAAUCUAGGUCCGUUGUCACCUCUCCUGGCACGACAGCCUCCACCCCACCCCAGUCCCCAGGCCAAGCUGGUGGCCAUGCUUCAGACAGGAGACCCACCAAGGGCCUCCGCCAGACCACAGUGCCUGCCAAGGGCCGCCCUGAGCGCCGGCUGCCGUCAGUGCCGGAUAGGACCCGUGCUGGGAUAGGAGCCCGAGCCCCCAGGCCUGGAGCGGGCCUCAGGAACCAGCAUAUGGCCCCAUCGGCUGCUCCUCAGGCCCCAGAAGCCUUCACACUCAAGGAAAAGGGGCACCUGCUGCGGCUGCCUGCGGCAUUCAGGAAAGCGGCUUCCCAGAACUCGAGCCUGUGGGUCCAGCUGAGUUCCAUGCAGACCAGUGAUUCCAUGGAUGCCGCUGCCGCCAAAACCCAGUUCCUCCAGAACAUACAGACAGCUUCAGGCGGGUCGCAGCCCAGGCUCAGUGCUGCGGAAGUGGAGGCAGAGGCGAGGCGCCUGCGGAAGGCCUGUUCGCUGCUGAGACUGCGUGUGAGGGAGGAACUCUCAGCAGCCCCAAUGGACUGGAUGCAGGAGUACCGCUGCCUGCUCACGCUGGAGGGCCUGCAGGCCAUGGUGGGCCAGUGUCUGCAGAGGCUGCAGGAACUGCGUGCAGCGGUGGCGGAACGGCCACCAUUACCGUGUCCUGUGGGGAGGCCCCCCAGAGCCUCGCCGUCCUGUAGGGGCGGAGCGGAGCCUACGUGGAGCCCCCAGCUGCUUGUCUACUCCAGCACCCAGGAGCUGCAGACCCUGGCGGCCCUCAAGCUGCGAGUGGCCGUGCUGGACCAGCAGAUCCACUUGGAAAAGGUCCUGAUGGCUGAACUCCUCCCCCUGGUAAGUGCUGCACAGCCGGAGGGGCGGUCCUGGCUGACCCUGUGCCGGGCUGCACACAGCCUGCUCUGCGAGGGAGGCGCACGUGUCCUCACCAUCCUGCGAGAUGAACCUGUGGACUGAGCCUUUCCCAUGCUGC